AUGGCUGCAAAGAAGACCGCCCCCACAGAUGAUGAGCUCCUAGCCCAGCUUGACGAUCUGAGCACGCAGGCCUCGACGCGUGCCCCCAAGCCCUCAACACGAACUGCCCGACAAGGACAACCGGCCCAAUCGUCACAAAAUGAACAAGACCUACUCGCCGAGCUUGGAAACUUAGCUCAACGACCAACUAGUCGGCCGGCCACUCCUUCUCUAAGACCAAAUGCCCCUUCGACCACGGGCAACAGAUCCCCGAAGCGGUCCUCAACAGCCACCCCUCCUCCUGGUUGGACGAGCGAGGAGAAGUCGACCAGUGGUCAGCGCAAGUCGGGUGAUAGUACACGUUCGUUCCACCAGAGCUUCACACCAGCAACCACAACAACUGAAGAAUCCGCAGAAAAUGAACCGCAACCUGAGCCGGCCCCAGCACCCGCCAAAGGCGGUGGAGGAUGGUGGGGUGGACUCUUGUCAACUGCCUCCGCCGCAGUAAGUCAGGCCCAAGCGGCUGUGAAAGAGAUUCAGAAAAAUGAAGAAGCACAAAAAUGGGCAGAGCAGCUCCGAGGCAACGUCGGCGUGCUCAAAGGUUUUGGCGGCGACCUCAGAAACAUGGCCAUGCCAACCUUUCAGAAUCUCCUACAGACUAUUGCCCCUCCAAUCUCUUCCCACGAACGACUGCAGAUCCAUAUUACUCACGACUUGUCGAACUAUCCCACUCUUGAUCCCCUCAUCUACCAAGUCUUUAGCCGUGUUAUGGCACAAGUCGAAGGUGGAGAUUUGAUGGUCGUCCAGAGAGGACACGAAGCCGGACCCAAGAGAGACUCGAGAGAAAUUUCGCGGCCAUUGGGUUCCUGGCAUGACGGGCCCUGGUGGAGGAGUGGGGAACGACGAAGUAUCAACACAGUCAAAGGCAUGGUUGAGGGCACCAAGCUCGUCAGGGCCUCUGCAGAGAGCUAUGCUGAGGAAUACUUUGCAAGCAAGGGCGGAGUUGAGGAGGCUGCCAAGCGAGCGACAGAAACGCUUUCUACCUCCAAUCCGACCAGGGACAGCGAAAUUUUCCUUGCAAUCCAAGCAAUCACACAACCUGUGCCGAAAGACAUGUUUGCCCCAGCACCAAGUUUGGAGAAAGAAGAGCAAGUAAAAGAAGCCAAAGAGGAGAGUAUGAACGACGAAGUCGUGUUCGCUGUCUAUCUGCACGAUCCUAUCCACGGGAUCGCCUUCCAAGCCGUCUCUCAAGCCAUUCCGGGACAAUGGAUCGAUUGGCUGGAUGCCCCAAGUGGCGGAGAAGGCACCCUGCCGGAAAGCAUCGAAGAGAUUAUUGCAAGUGGUGGUAUCGAUCCCAGAGAAUGGGUGAGCGAGUGGGUUGAAGAAACGCUGAGUCUAGCGGUUGGCGUAUUGGCCCAAAGAUACGUUGCGCGAAGGAUGGGUGUUGGUGAAGGUGGACCUUCAAAAGGCAAACUCAGAGCCGACUUGGGCCAGCAGGCUAUGGUGGAGAGUGGUGGCGGCGAGGCUGCUCGGGCGCUGGGAGGUAUGUAA